ACACAGCCUACACCCCAAGCAGUGGAGACACUGCAGGGGGACUAGGGGACCUUUUACUGCACGUCCGCACCCUCGCUGGGGUUUCUGUUUUAUUUACUGGAAGGGAGGGGGGACCAAAACCCAGAUGGUCUCCCCCACACCUCAUUUUCCCCCUUUUCCUUGUGUGUGUCUCAGUAAGGAUCUGCUUUCCCUCAUCCCGAUGAGAGCCGCUUGCCUUCUCAGACUCUGACAAGACUCCAGGAAACCAAGAUGGAUUACAGUUCCUUCAGUGGAGCCCCAAGGUUCCUGACUCGGCCUAAGGCCUUCAUGGUGUCGGUGGGGAAGGAUGUCACCCUGAGCUGCCAGAUUGUGGGAAACCCCAUCCCACUGGUGAUCUGGGAAAAGGAUAAGCUUCCAAUCCAGUCGGGGGGAAGGUUUAAAAUGGUGGAAGAUGGUGAUCUGUACCGGCUAACAAUUUAUGACCUGAGCUUAGAGGACAGUGGUCAGUAUAUCUGCAGGGCCAAGAACACCAUUGGGGAAGCUUUCACUGCUGUCAGUAUCAAAGUUGGGGAGGAGACGACGGUGAUGGAAUCGGCCCCUUACUUCAUCCAGAAACCCUCCUCCAUCAGAGUGACCCUGGGAGACGAUGUUACGUUCAAAUGUAAAGUCCAGGGCAGCCCACCUCUCUCUGUGAACUGGGAGAAAGAUGGAAGGCACGUGAGGGGCUGGUCUGACUCCAACCGCUUCCAGAUUGAGUCCCUCGGGGAGUCAAGUGCUCUCAAGAUCCAGUGCGCUCGGUUGGGGGACAGUGGGACAUACAUGUGUCGGGCGGAGAAUCCCAUUGGCUCUGCCAGUGCUACCGCCACCCUGGUGGUGGACACACAUGGUUCUUACAGUCCAAGCAGCAGCCAUCUAGACACAGGCUAUGGCAAGACUGCCUCCUUGCUGUCUCAUUUGCAAAAGAGGCGCGAGGAAAUCAGGAAAAUGGACACAUCCAUGCUCGCAGCCGCUGAUUCCAUGGCUGCCCCAAUGUACUCCGCUAAAGAGGGGCUGUCUGGUAUUGGUCUCAGCCUUUCUCUGGAUUAUGAGAGGGCUGCCAGCCUCACCGCCAAAUCAGCCCGCAACGCCACCUUCGGGGUGCUGACGCGUACCUUCAACGUGACGGAGGGGAAGCAUGCCAAGCUGAGCUGCUACGUGACAGGAGAGCCCAAGCCGGAGAUCGUGUGGAAGAAGGAUGGCGAGGUGAUUACAGAGGGGCGCCGGCACAUUGUGUACGAGGACGAACAGGAGAACUUCGUACUGAAGAUCCUUUUCUGCAAGCAGGUCGAUAAUGGGCUCUACACCUGCACAGCCUCCAACCUGGUGGGACAGACCUACAGCUCCGUGCUGGUGACUGUCCGAGAGCCCACAAUACCGUUCAAGACAAAACUGAAGGAUGUUGAAGUUCAGGAGAAAGAAUCUGCCACCUUCCAGUGUGAGGUGCCCAUCCCUAGCACUGAAACUGCCUGGUUCAAGGAGGAGACCAAACUCCAGCAGAGCAAGAAGUACAACAUCGAAGAAGAGGGGACGUACCGCCGGCUCACCGUCCAGAACGUCACCACGGACGAUGACGCCGUCUACAUCUGUGAAAUGAAGGAGGGGAGCAGGACCAUCGCGGAACUGACUGUCCAGGGUAAGAGAGAGAAUCCACUGCAGUAG